GUACGUAAGGAGCUGGCCGACGGCGGCCGCUCUCCGUAAGAUGGCGGACCGGCGGCGCCAGCGCGCUUCGCAGGACACCGAAGACGAAGAGUCUGGUGCUUCGGGCUCCGACAGCGGCGGUUCCCCGGCGCGGGGCGGCGGGAGCUGCAGCGGCAGCGCUGGAGGCGGCGGGAGCGGCUCUCUGCCUUCCCAGCGCGGAGGCCGAGGCGGGGCCCUUCAUUUACGGCGGCUGGAGAGCGGGGGUGCCAAGAGCGCCGAGGAGUCGGAGUGUGAGAGUGAAGAUGGCAUCGAGGGCGAUGCUGUUCUCUCAGAUUAUGAAAGUGCAGAAGACUCAGAAGGUGAAGAAGGGGAAUACAGUGAAGAGGAAAACUCCAAAGUGGAGCUGAAGUCAGAGGCCAAUGAUGCUGCUAAUUCUUCAGCAAAGGAAGAGAAAGGAGAAGAAAAGCCUGACACCAAAGGCACUGUGACUGGAGAGAGGCAAAGUGGGGAUGGACAGGAGAGCACAGAGCCUGUGGAGAACAAACUGGGUAAAAAGGGCCCUAAGCAUUUGGAUGAUGAUGAAGAUCGGAAGAACCCAGCAUACAUACCCCGGAAAGGACUCUUCUUUGAGCAUGAUCUUCGAGGGCAAACUCAGGAGGAAGAAGUCAGACCCAAGGGGCGUCAGCGAAAGCUGUGGAAGGAUGAGGGUCGCUGGGAACACGAUAAGUUUCGGGAAGACGAACAGGCUCCAAAGUCUCGACAGGAGCUCAUUGCUCUUUAUGGCUAUGACAUCCGCUCAGCUCACAACCCCGAUGACAUCAAACCGCGGAGAAUCCGGAAACCCAGGUUUGGGAGUCCUCCACAAAGAGAUCCAAACUGGAUUGGUGAGCGGCCGAACAAGUCCCAUCGCCACCAAGGUCCUGGGGGCACCCUACCACCAAGAACAUUUAUCAAUAGGAAUGCUGCAGGGACUGGCCGCAUGUCUGCUCCUAGGAGUUACUCUCGAUCUGGGGGUUUCAAGGAAGGUCGUGCUGGUUUUAGGCCUAUGGAGGCUGGUGGGCAGUAUGGUGGCCGGUCUGGUGAGACUGUUAAACAUGAGACUAGUUACCGGUCACGGCGCCUGGAGCAGACUCCUGUAAGGGAUCCGUCUCCCGAAGCAGAUGCUCAAGUGCUUGGCAGUCCUGAGAAGGAAGAGGCAGCCUCAGAGAUACCAGCUCCUGCUCCUGACACUGCACCACCGGCCCCUGAUAGGCCUGUUGAGAAGAAAUCUUAUUCCCGGGCAAGAAGAACCAGAAUCAAAGCUGGAGAUGCUGUCAAGGUUGCAGAGGAGGUGCCCCCUCCACCCGAAGGGCUGACCCCAGCACCUUCAGUCCCAGAAUCUACCCCUCCUCCACCUGCUAAGACUGGUAACUGGGAGCCUCCAGUGGAUUCUAGUACAGGUGGACUUGAGCAAGACGUGGCACAACUAAAUAUAACCGAACAAAAUUGGAGUCCAGGGCAGCCUUCAUUCCUGCAACCACGUGAGCUUCGGGGUAUGCCUAACCACAUACACAUGGGAGCAGGACCUCCACCUCAGUUUAACCGGAUGGAAGAAAUGGGUGUCCAGGGUGGGCGAGCCAAACGCUAUUCAUCUCAGCGGCAAAGACCUGUGCCAGAGCCCCCUGCCCCUCCUGUGCACAUCAGUAUCAUGGAGGGACAUUACUAUGAUGCACUGCAGUUCCAGGGACCAAUCUAUACCCAUGGUGACAGCCCUGCCCCACUGCCUCCUCAGGGCAUGAUUGUGCAGCCAGAAAUGCACCUUCCCCACCCAGGUUUACAUCCCCACCAGACACCGGCACCUCUGCCCAAUCCAGGUCUCUAUCCCCCACCCGUGUCCAUGUCUCCAGGACAGCCACCACCUCAGCAGUUGCUUGCUCCUACUUACUUUUCUGCUCCAGGAGUCAUGAACUUUGGUAAUCCCAGUUACCCUUAUGCUCCAGGGGCACUGCCUCCCCCACCACCGCCUCAUCUGUAUCCUAAUACACAGGCCCCAUCGCAGGUGUAUGGAGGAGUGACCUACUAUAACCCUGCCCAGCAGCAGGUGCAGCCAAAGCCCUCCCCACCCCGGAGGACUCCCCAGCCAGUCACCAUCAAGCCCCCACCACCUGAGGUUGUAAGCAGGGGUUCCAGUUAAUAUGAGUUUCUGAAUAUUUUAAAUCUAACAUCAUAUAAAAAACAGCAGAGGUGAGAACCCAGGAGAGAAGAGAAAUACAACUGGCUGUCUGCUACUAGGAGGGCUUCAGAGAUAAGGGCUUGCUCCUACUGGCAAGCAGCUGAAUGAGGAGAACCCCUGCCUUUCUCUGAGGACAGGCUUUUUUGGAGAAAGGGAGAAACAAGUGGACUUCUUCCCAUCUCCACUCUGUACUUGAGUUGGCUGUGCUCAGAGGAGCAGAGAUCCAGACAGCCCAGGCUUCUAGCUCUGCAUCUAGAAGCCCAUGUGUUUUGCUCUUCUACACUUUCUCCUGGGAAAUUCAAGUGUCUUCUGCUCCCAGGGAAGCUCUUUCCUGUUUGUUUUGUUUUCUGAGAUGUUCGUUUUUAAAGCCUGGCUUGCUAUUCUUAACUUAAUAUUCUUUUAGUUUCUUUCUCUCUGUCUGUUUCUUUUUCUCUCUCAGCUUUUAAAUGAGACAAGUUCUUCCUUCUGGUUUGCUAGCUCUUCUGGGUUCCCUUUUGACUCUCUCCUGCAUCCCAGAUAAUUGAGAAUGCACCAGCUAGUCUUCUCCCACUAAGUCUACAAAGAGCUGGCCUUUCAUUUUUGGUUGGUUUUGUUAUUGUAUACUUGGAUUUUCUUAACUUCUUUAACCCUAUGGAAACAUAGCUGUUUGCACAGUGUCCUGUUAUGGAGAAAAGCUCAAAGUUUGUGGUAGGAGCCUUUCUUCUUGCCUUUGGUUUCUAGGAGUCUGAGCCUCUAUCAGUCCCUGUACUCUGGUCGGCUUCAGUGUUCUGUUGAGGGAAAAGUCUCUACUGUGGGGAGAGAAGGCAAACCAGAUGCUUUGAUGAGAAAGGAAGGGUAGAGUUGAGAGCCUUUGCAUCUUAGGGACAUGUAUUCACACAGUCCUCGGGGCUCAGUCUUUGAGGUAAGUGGAAUUAGAGGGCCGUGCUCCUCUCCUUUCCAUCCCUCCUACCACACCCCGUUUCCAGUUGCUGUGGACCAAUGCAUCUCUAGAGGCAGAUAUUACCCAGCAAGCACUCUCUCCUGUCCUUUGCAAUUGCUCUUCAUGUCUUUCCUGCUACAAAUGUUUUAGAUGUUACUACCUUAUUUUUCCCAAGUUCUAUUUCUGUCCUUGGAAACAGAAGAAGAUACCACACCUGGGCUUAAGGCCUAAGGAAGCUGGUCACUUUUGGGGCAAGGGCUCCUCCCUCCCUCCUUCCCUUCCAUGGCAUUGAACCACUUCCCUGAUGCCUCUGCGGAAGAGAUUACUGUUACUGCAGCACUUGUGUCUGCCAGGGGUAACUUGGCCCCUGUCCCUGUCCUUCUACAGAAUCUGAGGGAGAAGGUGGCGGCUGUGUCUCUCCCGAAGUAGUGUCACUGUAUUUCUAUUCCUUCUCUCCAGCAGCUGGCCUGACCACUCUUAGUCACAGGUGUGGGAUGGGGAGAGGGGAGAGGCACUCAAGCUGUAACCCCCAAGGAGGAAAUACCUAAAACAUUCUUCUAGGGGUAGCUGGUGGUUGUGCCUUUUGUAGGCUGUUCCCUUUGCCUUAAACCUGAAGAUGUCUCCUCAAGCCUGUGGGCAGCAUGCCCAGAUUCCCAGACCUUAAGACACUGUGACAGUUGUCUCUGUUGGUCUGCUGUGUUUCAUUGCAAAGAUUUUUCCGUGUGUGUUGUUUUUUGUUACUGUUUUAAAGGGUGCACAUUUGUGAUCAGCAUUGUGACUUGGAAAUAAUAAAAUUUAGACUGUAAACUUG